AUGAACGCCGGCGAUCCACCCGAUCAAGUUUUUACGCGUGCUUUUAGUGGAAAACACCACAAUGGAUUUGACUAUAUUGUUCAUACUCAAAGUGAAAAUGUCGUAUGGACGCACAAGCGUAACAAAGAAUCCAGCAUCGACAACUGCAAUUUGUUCCUUUUUUUGUCUUUGAUGUUAUUCAUAAAGCUGAAUAAACGCUCCACGACAGCGUUGCUGACUGGCAAAGUGAUAGCCCGCAAAGCGAACGAAGCAAGCUCUUUAAAUGGAUACUCCCCAAUAGCAUUAGAAGUAUUUAAAACACAGGCCCAAAAAUGUUCGAUGUCAAUAGUAUUGACAUCUUGAUUCAUGGGCGAAUGCAUGCACAAGUCAGGGGAAGUCAAAACACCUAAA